AUGGAGCAGUUUAUUCUUGACAACGCCCAGCGCUUCGAAUACCUAGUAGAACGUUUCAAACCAGCACCCGCCAACGCCAAGCCAAGCGAUGAAGAGCCCAAUCCUGAUAUCACCAUCGCCACUCGCAUUCGACCCAUGAUGCAAGACGAGAAAGAAGAAGGACAACUCAUUGGCGUUUUCCCUCGAAAGAACUUGCCUGGUACGCUUGACUUGCAUGAACUGAGGAGACCAGUCAGGGGCCCUCCUCCUCUAGUCUCAUGGAACUACCGUGUUGAUAAAGUGUUCGACUCUGAUGAUACAACAGAGGGUAUCUAUCAAGAGCUUGUCAAACCUCUCGUGCCAUGGGCCUGGGGCGGCGGAGUUAGCACCAUGUUCGCCUACGGCCAGACUGGUUCAGGAAAGACAUACACCGUCAGUGGUCUCGAGUGCCUCAUCGCGGAAACUCUGUUCUCUGGUGAACAGAAAGGCACUCGAAACAUUUCCAUUUCUAUCAUCGAGCUCGCAGGUAACUCGGCCUUUGAUCUGCUCAAUUCUCGGAAGCCCAUCUCUAUCCUUGAAGAUUCCUUUGGGUCAACUCAUCUUGCAGGUGCUUCUGAGUUUGUUGUUAGCGAUGCAGAUACUCUGAUCCAGCAUAUCAACAAUGCUGCGUCUUUUCGAAGUACCGCCUCAACGCAGAAGAAUGACUCUUCGUCUCGCUCCCAUGCUAUUUGCAAAAUUCGUCUCGAAAAUCCUGCGUUGCCUCAAUCUGACGAUGGACUCUUGUAUCUCAUCGAUCUUGCAGGCUCAGAAGCAGCUCGCGACGUGACAGAGCACUCAACCCAACGCAUCAAAGAAUCCCGUGAAAUCAACGCCAGUCUCUCAGUCCUCAAAGACUGCAUCCGCGGCAGAGCAAGUGUCGACCCCGCUAGUCUCGCAACUGGAAAGAAGGUAUACGUGCCAUUUCGGCAGAGUGCUUUGACAAAAGUACUCAAGCACGUCUUUGACCCUGCUGCCGAGCGAGCCUGCAAGACUGUUGUUGUGGCUUGUGUCAACCCGAGUUUCCUGGACGUUGGGGCUACGAAGAAUACGCUGAGGUAUGGGGAGAUGUUAAGAGUCACUGUGCCGAAGACGGUGGUGCAGAAGUAUGAUGCUGCGAAGCCGAGUACUUGGCCUCAUGACUUGCUCCAGGAUUGGAUUUUGAAGAAUUCUGGUGCACCACCUGUUUCUCCUGCUUAUCUCGCACCUGAAGCAAAUGGACUUCAACUUCUUCGUCUACCAGUUCCAGAGUUCAUCACUCGUUGUCUCAAAACACCUGGUGUAACGCUGGAACAGGCGACUGCCUUCCAAGCCAAGUUCUGGCGUCUUCACAUCGACUCCCAGCGCAAGAAGCCAAACAUGUACCAGAAGGAAAAAAACACAGAGACGGAGAAAGAAGGCGCUGAGGACAAAGGGCUUUCAAGCCGUGACCCAAGGCCUGAGAUGGUAGACGUCCCGUUCAAAGGGCGUCUUCGACCAGGAAUGGUGGUUAGUUGGAAUCCCUCAGACGACACUCCUGGAUUUUACCGUCUACCGGGACGUAAUCUUGUCAUGAUCUUGAGUCCUGAGGGCGAGGGGAGUUAUCGAUGUGCUGUUGCGGUGCCUGCUAUCAUGCCGGGCGCCUUCGAGAUUUACCUGUGGCAGCAGGUUGUGGCUUCUGUUGAUACAAUGGAGGCUGAGGUUUUGCUGGAGUAUGAUGUUGGAACGAGGUAUUACUAUGAGAACGUGUAA